GCUGCAUCGAAGAGUGUACUUGUUUGCUGGAGCCAUGGUACCACCCUGCAGAUGGAGGAACAGGCGAUGGACGACGGACCGCGAGUUCGUCGGAUCGGGCAGAGAAAGGAGGUGAUGAGGCUGAUUGCUAGGAAUGGCAUUGAAGAGUGAGCAUGGAUGAUAUCAAGAGGCGUAUGUCGUUGUGAAAAAUCAGUUCUGGAAGUGGAAUGUAGGCAAGUAGCAGCAGAGCAGGAUGGUUAGCACAAAUUGCAUUUUAUAGAUGGAGCGAUGAGGAUAGAGAACGUGUUGAAUAUCUUUGCGAGAGAGUGGUAGAAAAGUGUUCCGGUUCACCGCUCGCUGCAAAAGUUUUGGGAGGGGUACUACAUGUGAAAAGAUCUAAAAGGGAAUGGAUUCAGCUUCUGGGAAGUGAAAUGUGGGAGAUGAAAGAAGGAAGAGAAGGAGUUCUUGCUCCUAUAGCUUUGAGUUACUAUGAUUUGCCUCCGGUGCUUAGGCAGUGCUUUCAGUUUAGUUCAGUAUUUCCGAAGGAUUACCAAUUGGAGAAGGACGAAUUGAUUAAGUUGUGGAUGUCACAGGGUUUUCUCGAGGCAACAACGAACCAAGAUAUGGAGGAGGUCGGUGAAGAGUACUUUCAAAUGUUAGUUAUGCGGUCUUUCUUCCAAGAUGUGGCAAAGGAGGAGCAGUUGGGUGAGAAAAAAACACCGCGAAUUGUCUGAUGAUGUCGAACAAAAGAUUAAACUUGCUGUACAAGGCUUCAUCGACACUGUCAGUUUAAAACACAACUACUCAGCUGUGCGACCCAGAUCUUCAAUCACUCUUUACACCAUGGAAGGUAAGCAGUCAAAAGAAAAAGUUGACCACUUUUUGUCCAUUUUGCCACAAUUAACUUGACACACAUUCACCCAUUCGCUGAUGUAUUAAUUAUAUAAGAAAAUGGUUAGAUUAGAUCCAUGGGCUCAACUUGCAGCGUUAUUUAGGGUCCACUUCAUGUUCACGAUACCAAAGAGAGUUGACCCUGCUAAUUGUGCAGCAUCACACAGUUUGAUCGUGAUGACAUGUUGACAAAUUCAUCGGAAUUAACGCUGAUAUAAUAUGAUUAAUUAUUCACUCAAUUACAAUAAGUUGACUGACGAGUCGAGAUCUGAUGAAUGAAAACGGCUCUUUUACUUUCCUUUCCUUUCCCCAGCUUCCCAUCCUGAUUGGAUCAGUCAAUGGCUCCCUCAAAUCUGAGAGAUUAAUUGGUACUGUCAUUAGCUUCCAUCAUCAUGGCUGCCGCCAUUGUUUCCCAAGUCCUGGGCCAGCUAGGUUCCAUCGUCACUGAAGAGCUCAAGCAACGUGGGAGGCUUGUCCUCGGCGCAGAGAAAAAUGUGGAGAAGCUCACUUCUACUUUCACCGCCAUUGAAGCUCUGCUGCUGGAUGCGGAAGAGAGGCAGCUGAAGAGUGCAAGCAUAGAAAACUGGUUGAAGAAGCUCAAGGACGUGUCCUAUGAGAUCGAUGAUGUGCUGGACGAGUGGAGAACCGACAUCCUCAAGCGUCAACUCGACGGAGACGAUAAUGAUGCUGACGGCGGUGGCUGUUUGGAGUUGAAGCUGGUUCAGAUCUCUGAUUUUCUGAAACGAGUAUGCCCUUUCCUCCCUACUUAUUGUUUCUCUCCUAACGAAAUUGGUCUUCGUUAUGAUAUUGGCUCGAGGAUCAAAACAUUAAAUCAACGUCUAGACGAUAUAGACAAGGAGAAAAAUUUUCACCAUUUAACUUCCAAGCAGACAACUUCAUACUCAAGUUUGCUAACUAGUUCUGUUAUCGAUUCCUCUGACUUGAAAGUCAGACAAAGAGAGUUCGAAAUAUUGCAGAGCAAGUUAUUGGAUGAUGGAAAUAAUCAAUUGGGUGUGAGAAGUAUAUCUAUCCAAGGCCUCGGUGGGUUUGGGAAGACCACAUUGGCCAAAAUGUUAUACAAUGAUAAGAAAGUGGAAGAUUAUUUCAGCAAAAGGGUAUGGGUCUGUGUCUCUACUGUUUUUGUUCAAGAAACAGUUGCGAAAGCCAUACUUGAAUCUUUCAAUCAAUCUGCUCCAAAACACAGUUCAUUAUCAUACAUGUUGGAACGUAUCAAGUCUCUUAUGGAGGUCAAGAAGUUUCUUCUAGUUCUUGAUGAUGUGUGGGAAGAUAGUGAAAGCAAGUGGAAAGAACUUAUAAGUUCUUUUUCUCGCGGAUUACCAGGAAGCAAAAUCUUGGUGACUACACGAAAAGUGGAAGUUUCUCACGUGUUUCGUUGUAUCAACAAAGACAUUUUGCCUUUACAAAAGAUAUCUGAUGGUGAAUGUCGGACUAUUUUCACACAAAUUGCGUUUUAUGGAUGGAGCGAUGAGGAGAAAGAACGUGUAGAAGAACUAUGUGAAAAAGCAGUAAAAAAGUGUUCUGGUUCACCGCUUGCGGCAAAAGUUUUGGGAGGGGUACUACAUGUGAAAAAAUCUAAAAGGGAUUGGAAGCAACUUCUGGGAAGUGAAAUGUGGCGGAUAGAGAAAGGAAGAGACGAAGUUAUUGCUCCUCUAGCUUUGAGUUACUAUGAUUUGCCUCCGACGCUUAGACAGUGCUUUCAGUUUUGUUCUGUAUUUCCGCAGGAUUACAUAAUGGAGAAGGACGAAUUGAUUAAGUUGUGGAUGUCACAGGGUUUUCUAAAAGCAACAACGAACCAAGAUAUGGAGGAAGUCGGUGAAGAGUACUUUCAAAUGUUAGUUAUGCGAUCAUUCUUCCAAGAUUUGGAAAAGGAGCUGUAUUUGAAUAAGGAAAAAUUAUAUUGCAAAAUGCAUGAUUUGGUUCAUGAUUUUGCGCGGCUUACAACCAAGAACGAGUGCAUCAGCAUCGAAAAGCAAGAUGCAAAUAGCUCAUUACCCUUGAUCGACAAUGAAGUUCGUCAUUUUAUGGUAAAAGACCUGAGUAGCGAGGAAGUUACAAAACUGAUAGGAUCCAUCGGAUGUUCGCACCUCUCUUUAACAAGGCGUAAUAAUUAUCUACGGAGCUUCAUAGCAAGAUGGUGUGGAGGUGGCAUCGAACCUGAUGCAUAUGCUCAUCUGCGAGGCAUAAGGUCGUUGGUACUCUAUCAGCAACGUGGUCUGGAAGAAAUACCAUCAACAAUCAUGCAGCUAAUUCAUUUGAGACAUUUGGAUUUAUCUUUUAACAGAUACUUGAAGGAGUUGCCGGAGGAAAUAUGCGAGUUGUAUAAUCUAGAGACUCUGCUCCUCAAUGAAAAUUUGAGCUUGAAGAUGCUCCCUAGUGGAAUGGGGAAUAAGCUGGUGAACUUAAAGCAUCUCGAAAAUAGCAGCGUCCCAGCGGUGCUCCCCAGAUCAAUGGUCAGGUUGGCUAAUUCCCUAAAGACAUUAACCCUAUUUAAUGUAGUGAAGCUGCAGGAUAAGGAGGUAGCUACCAAUAUUGGUGAUCUAGAGUGCAUGAACCAUAUCCAGGGAUCCCUUACAAUAAGCGGGUUAAGUAAGGUAGCGAAUUGCGAGGAGGUGAAGCGUGCACAGCUCGCCAAAAAAGAAUCUUUGACUUGGUUAAUGCUGGAUUUCGACGGGGGAGACUACUAUGUCUAUGAGGAAGAACAAGUGUUGGAAGCCAUAAGGCCAUCAUCAAGCUUGGAAAGACUAUACAUAGGAGAGUACAGGGGAGUGAGCAUAUUCCCUAGCUGGUUACUGUCACUCUCCAACUUAACAUCCCUAGAAUUCAAUGGGUGCUAUCAAGUGGAGCAUCUUCCCCCUUUGGGCGUCCUGCCCUCCCUCGAAGAGCUUCGCUUGUUCAUGAAGAAAGUGGAGAAGGUUGGGGUUGAGUUCUUGUGGGAGACUAGUACUGUGAUACAGCAGCAGCUGCAGAAGAAGAAGAUGGGUAACAACAACAAAGGCCGUGAUAUUAUUAUUACUGCAUUCCCCAAGCUCACGUGGCUUUCUUUUUUGGGGAUGAGUAAUUGGGAAGUGUGGGAUUUAGAGAGCAAUGAUCAGGAAGCCGGAAUGUUGAUCAGCUCGACCACAGUCAUGCCCCGCCUGCGUCAUUUGGAGCUGUCAUGGUGCGGGAAGCUGGAGAAGGUGCCGGAUGUGCUUCUCCGGAAAACCACUCUGGAGCGGCUGGAAAUAGACUACAGUGGCGGGCUGGGGAAUUACAGGUUCGAACCCAAGAAUCCCAAAAUGGUGCCGGAUGAGGUGUGGGACAAAAUCUCUCACAUCCCCACCAUUCGCCUCGAUGACACAGACAUCCGCACAGUGUUCAAGAGCGAGAUAGAUGCCAUGUCGGGAAUCGGCUGCUCUAACAGCAAACCGAAGGAGGAAGAAACAGGACAUGAUGAUGAUGAUGACGACCAUCACGAUGAAGAAAUACGAUAAUUAAAGUUUGAUUCAGUAGUGCUCUCUGCUUCUUCUUGUCUCUCAAUACCCGCCCCCAUCCUCUCCCUCUUUCAGUGGUGACAAUGUCAGCUUCAAUUCGCUAUUAUGUAUGUUCGAUUGUUUGUUGCAGUUCAGAGUGAGCAGAGCAAGAGCAAGUGAGCAACGCACUCAUUCGUUCUUCCGGCCAAUCACCUCCCCUCGGUCGGUCGAACCAAUCAUCCGCCCAUCUCCGCUAGCAGCUGCCACCCGCACCCGGCUGUCGUUCAGUUAUCUUUUUACAGCACAACUUGAUUUCAGUACUGCGAUGACAUUUGCUUGAACUGUUUUAAGACAACAAUAAGAGUGUGCAAACAGAGCCCUCUGCCUCGAUCGCGAGCAAGUCUGUGUGCUGUUUGUUUGGUUGUUUUGUGUCGACGUUGUGCUUUGGGGAGAGUUACCAGAGCUACUCUCAUAUAGACUAGUGGCAUAACAAACUCUCGUUCGUUUCUUCAUCGUUGUUAAGCGUCUUGUAAUUUCUCUUUUUCUGUUUGUUUUUGCCUUGUUGGCUUAUGUUGGGGGGAAGCAGAAGAAAACAGAGCCUUUUGUGCCUGUAGUAUUGCCAAUAAAUUUAUCAAUGUAGAGCCUGCGUGCAUGUUUUGAGACACAGGAAUCAUCAUCGAUUAAAUUUGGCAACGAGAGCUGUCAUAAAUGUAAUUGGUUGGCUGUAUUUGUGAAACGUAUGCUAUUUGUUCCAAUUGCGUGUUAUUAUGUAAUACGUAUUAAGGCAUCAGGAAGCAGGGAUCAACCUGAGACGGCUGCAUCAAAGAGUGUACUUGUUGCAGCCAUGGUGCCAUGCCACCCUGCAGAUGGAGGAACAGGCGACCGCGAGUUCAUCGCAUCGGGCAGAGGAGGGCGAUUGGUAGAGGGAAGAUAUUAUCGUAUGGAUGAUAUCCAAUGUCCAGAGGCAUUUUUCGUUGUCAAAAAUCAGUUCUAACCCUUAUAGGGGUUAGUACCGUGAUAACUAGCAAAAAACGCUAUUAAAAAUAACGAAAUCACUACGGAUUAUUAUAAAAUCAAUACAACAUCUAAGCUAAAUCACUACUAAUUCAAACUAGUAGUAGUUUUUCCCUUGGUUAGGACGGUGCUAACUAUUGUACAAUUAGCACCGUAACCAAUCCCGCAGGAUUGCUGGGUUUCUCUUGUAGUCUCUUUUUAUUGCCUCGCCUUCUGUUUUAGGAAACAAGUAUAUUUUGGGCUUUUUUUCUGUGGAAAUGUGGAUAGAAUUAGAAGUGGGCUUUUGUUUUGUUUUUUUCUUUUUGUGUCGAUCCACCAUCUUGUUUUUUAUGGGCUCACUUGAUCUGGUAUCGUUUGUUCCCCUAUUAAACUUGGGCCAAGUUUGGUUGAAAAGUAUAGUCUAAUCUACAACCUACCUAGUCAUCAAAAUAUUAGCUCUUCUUCCUUCAUUUAUUUCUUGGUUAUUCCUUAUUAAUUCUGUCGCAAAUAUUUUCCCACUUUUAAUCACUAAAUAAAUAAUAAUGAGAAAAUAACACUGUGAGAGGAAGGUCUACCUAACCAAACCACCCAAUCAACAACCCGUAAAUAACACUAUUAAACAGGCCUAAUCAGCUACUAGUAAAUUGCCACUUCAUAUUUUAUUGAAAUAUUUGAAGUAAAUAAAAAUGAAGGGAUAGGGUGAGAAUGACGACACGUGUUCAUCGGCAACAAGUAAGUAAGUAAGUAAUUAACUUCUUCAACUAUCAUCUCUUGCGCCACGUGCUGCUUAUCCCACCAAACACUUGUUUAAUAAUAUAACUAAAUAAAUAAAUAAGAACCUUUCCUCCCUCCUUCCAGUGACAAACAUUUUCUAAGCCGCCCGCACUCACAUUUUGACCAAAAAUCAAAAGGCCCAAAAGAGAGAACCUGAUAUUUAACUUUGGAUGGUAGCAUUACAAGUCUCCACUAAGCUCAUUUUUUUAAUUUCUUCUUCUUCUUAUAUAUAAUGUAUGCAUGUGCCAAGUUUCAUCACAUUAAGUUGCUUCAUUCCUAUCACCUCGAUCUUUCCAAAGAGGAGGAGAUGGUGAUGAGUUGAUGAUGAUCUUUACAAAUUGAAAGGUUAAAUUCUAUUUAAAAAGAUGUGUAAUCUCCAUCUUUUCUGAUUUAGUUAUCUCGAGCAAUGGAGUUGAUCAAUCCCGAAAGUAGAUCGCUAUUCCGUUGCUUUUACGAGUUUGAGUUGUAUAGGUCUCGUAGCAUAGUCAUGGUGGGUAUUGUAGCGUAGCUAGAACGGGCAAGCUAUCGAUCUAGUUUAAACAUGAGACCAAUUUAAGAAAUAACAAGAUCAUAAUCAAUUAAGAUUAAGUUUAGUUCGAUUUAGUGAAACUUGAAUUAAAUUGCAUAUUCAUUCAUAUGCUUGCAUAUAUAAACGGGUAAAUAGUACAUUUCUAUUUAUAAGAUAUAAAAACAUCUUCACUUACUAUCCGUUAGUAAAAAAAAUGACUCUAAAAAACAGACAAAUCACCGUAUGAAUGUGAAAUUUCAUAUAACUUAUUAAACGUGAUCACCGGUUGUUUACAAAAUGAUCAUGUACACUCUCUUUUUGCCAAACUAAUUACAAAUCCACAAACUCCUUUUAAGUAAUGGGAUGGAUUAGUAAAGCAUUUAGACAUUGAUUGUGGGAGCAUAGCAAGUUGAUGACCAUUAGUCCACUUUGUGCUCAUUAUCGCAUGCUUCUUGCAGCAACCUAGUUAAACCCAUGCCCAUUACCCUGUCCUCUAUAUCUAUAGCUUUAAUAAUCACACUUAAAAAUAAUAAUUAUGAUUAUCUCCUAAUCCACGAGUCUAAUUGUACGAACUUGCAAGUGCCCCACUAGAUAAUGUCAUGAAAACUCCUUAAACAUGAUAAUUCGUAAUUGGAAGGGGAAAAUUUCGGUUUAAUUUACAUCAACCAAUAGAAAUGUUAUGAUUAAUAAUUAAAAUCCUGUUUUCCUCACGAGAACAAUACACCGUAGGUACUUCAAUAAUUCUUACAAUCCUUUAUCUGACAACUCCCAGAAUUCUUCACCCAACUCGGACCAUCAAUCGAAUAUUUGGAAAUCACAGAAUAAUUAAAAUAAUAUUCCCAUCCCCUUUUACGGAAUAAUAAAAUCCGAACAAGUUCCAAAAUUAUAAUUCCCACCUCUUUACUACAAACUCAAUUUUAACAACAACCCAAAAAAAACUCAAUUUCAAAUCACUAAAUCCCACGUAAAUAAGUAAACACAGUAGAAUGCCUUGAUUCGUCAUUCUCGUUAUAAAUAACAGAGUGUUCCUUGGUUCGCCAUUCUCGUUAUAAUUAUUUCCACCAAAAUAACCAUUUGAUAGCCACCGACAAUGUUUAUGUGUCUGAAUCACCUACCCGCGUAAGCUUUUCUUUUUUGUAUUCAUAGAACUCGAGUCGCUGUCUUCUGAUGUGUCCCUAGUUUCCAAAGGCAAAAAGCUCAAUCAACACAAAAAUAAACCAUAAAAUCUUUGACAUUACCUAAACUAACGGGUUGGCGCUAGUACGCAAGCUCCGUCGCUUAUGAUUCUCAUCACAAUCCUCUUUUUUUUUUCUUUUCUAAGAGCGCGUGCAACAUCGUGUACCCGAACUCGACUGCUUUCAUGAAUUUGUCAUCUCUAAGAAACUCGAGUGAUUAUUAUCACAUGCUUAUCUUCCGUGCGGGCAUCUAGCACUCAAGUUUCUAGACCGACCCUAACUCGGACUAACGAUCUGAUAUGGUGAACCUCCGAAUGCCUAUUCUACUUCCCAAGUUCCCUUCAUAACUCUAUCCUCCGGCGCUUGGAAUCGAUUGUAGUCAUUGACAAUAACUUAUUGAAUCCAUCAUUUGGGCUCAAAUCAUAAAUUAAAGUUUGCCUCUCAGGUUCCCUUCUUGACCAUAUCCUCCGGCUGAAAUCUCAGUCUUUGGAAAAAAAAACAAUUAUCUAUAAAUGUAGCUAGAUAUAUAUUAGAUAAUAGGAAGAAAAGGAAAGACUAAAGAGCCCCACACAAAGAUGAUCGGUGGAGACUGCGGUGGAGCCCGCCGCCGGGCGAGACACAGACAAAGGAUAUAAGAAAUCCGGCGACCAGAUCCCGCGGCGGGGCGAGUCGGCAAAAACUACGCAGUUAUCCAACCAACGGAUGACAGCCCCAAAACCGCUUGACACAAAACGACGGCGUACGCCAUUGGUUCAUUCAUUCCCCACGCAACAACGUUGUAUAAUUUACCAAGUGAAGUAAAAAAAAAAAAAACAUUUAGAACAAGCAAGUUAAAAUUGUUGUCUUCUUUGAUACAUAGAUAAAUUAAGAGAUAAAGCACAGGCAGAAACAAACAAAUCAAAGGCUAUUGAAGUUUGAAGAAAAUAAAAAUACUCCCAUAGAAAGAGCCCAUUGUAUUAUUCUCCAUAUAUGUACAUUACUAGAUUUUCAUUUCCCAUAGUUGGACUUUGGAUGGGUACGUUGUAACAAGAUUGCCUUCAAUUGAUACCCAUCACUUGCUUUUGUCAUAAAUUACUCGGUAAGUUGUUGGGAAAAAGUUAUUAUGGAUCUUAUACCACGCUAUUACACAAUCUCUCAAACGAAAGCCAAUUCACGUGCUUGAAAUUUGCAUAGACCCACCAUACCUUGUGCUUUAAUCAAAUGUUAAUAUUGGG